AUGUUCGGCUUCGGUAAGAAGUCUAAAGUCCCGGAAAAGGAAUGGAUAGUCGACAGUGACAGACCCAUUUCGACUAAACCUUUUGAGGUGCCAUCGGACUCCAUCCAGAAGCCCAGCUUGCAAGAUGCAGAAACCGAAGACCAGAGAACAAAAUAUAGCACAGUGCUGAAGCACUUUCAAUCCACAGAAAAGUAUCCCGUGCUUGAAAAAAAUUGCAAUACUAGUGAUUAUGUGGAACUAAAUGACUUUGAAAAAGCUUGGCUGAGUAAGGAAUGUAUUUUGAGGUACCUUCGCGCCUGCGAUUGGAAUGUGGACGAAACGAUCAAACGAUUGACGAAUUCAAUUGCAUGGAGACGUGAAUUUGGAAUUGCGGGAGGAGAUUUUGAAAAGGUCACGGAAGAUGUAGUGAAGGAGGAAAACGAAACCGGAAAACAUCUAGUUUACGGUUUUGACACUGAGGGUAGACCUUGCUUAAUACUCUUGAGUGGCCGACAAAAUACUAAAACUUCUUUCAGACAAAUUCAGCAUCUGAUAUACAUGUUGGAGACUAGCAUUGAUUUCAUGCCUCAAGGACAAGACAAACUAGCGCUCUGUGUGGACUUCAAGAAAUACCCGGAGGCUUCACUAGUGGAGCCAAAAGUACCAGCAGUUUCUGUGGGGAAGCAGGUUCUGCAUAUUCUACAGUAUCACUAUCCGGAAAGACUGGGUAGAGCUCUAUUCAUUAAUAUCCCUCUCAUUGUUUGGGGGUUUUUAAAACUAUGCUGGCCAUUUGUGGAUAGCUUUACCAAACAAAAAUGCAAGUUUGACGAGCCAUUUAGAGAAUUUAUUCCACCGGAACAGCUGGCUGUGAAUUAUGGUGGAGAUGUUAAUUUCGAGUAUGUUCAUGAUGAAUACUGGCCAGCAAUGGUGGAACUUCGCAAAAAAAAACGAGAAGUUUACAUUGAGAACUACCAUAGACUGGGAGGGGGGAUUGGCCUCAGUGAGACGGACCUGAGACAGGGUUUGUGA